GCGCGGGGCGGGGGAGGGGCUUUAGAGCAAGGCCCCGCCGGGUUGGGUGGCCAGGUGGGGACGGAGGCACCCGGGUGCGGGCCCGUACAUCCGCCCUCGGCCGACUGUUGAGCCGAGGCAUGGAAGUGGGCUAGCGGCCGACGCGAGGCCGACCGGGAAAUGUUCUUUUGGGGCCAGAGUCUGGGUAUAUGUGAGUGCAAAUCCUCACCCAUUCACAAAUAAGCCUAGGAAUCUCGACUGAGAGGAUCACUUCUCUGUAGGCCAUUAGCCCAGGUGCAGAAUGAGCACAUGUUCCUGGUGUACGCCAGGUGGCGUUUCCACCGUUGACUUCCUUAAGCGCUAUGCAUCCAAGAGUCACUCCAGUGAAUUUCAGACAGCUGAUGAAGACCUCUGCUACUGCUUAGAGUGUGUGGCCGAAUACCACAAAGCAAGGGAUGAUCUGCCGUUCUUGCAUGAGGUUUUAUGGGAAUUAGAAACCUUACGUCUCAUAAAUCACUUUGAAAAAUCCAUGAAGGCAGAAAUUGGAGAUGAUGAUGAAUUAUAUAUAGUAGACAACAAUGGAGAGGCACAGCUGUUUGACUUUACUGGCCAAGACUUUGAAAAUAAGCUGCGAGUUCCUCUUCUUGAAAUACUGAAAUAUCCUUACCUGCUUUUACAUGAGCGUGUUAAUGAAUUAUGUGUUGAAGCACUUUGUCGGAUGGAACAAGCUAAUUGCUCCUUUCAGGUUUUUGACAAACAUCCAGGCAUCUAUUUGUUUUUGGUCCAUCCCAAUGAAAUGGUCCGGCGUUGGGCUAUCCUGACCGCAAGAAGUUUGGGAAAAGUGGACAGAGAUGAUUAUUAUGACUUGCAGGAGGUUUUGACCUGCCUUUUUAAAGUCAUUGAGUUGGGGCUUUUGGAAAGUCCAGACAUUUAUACUUCUUCUGUCCUCGAGAAGGGUAAACUGAUUCUUCUGCCCUCACACAUGUAUGAUACCGCCAACUACAAAAACUAUUGGUUAGGUAUUUGCAUGUUGCUGACCAUUCUGGAGGAGCAGGCCAUGGACUCACUGUUGCUGGGCUCAGACAAACAGAAUGAUUUUAUGCAAUCAAUACUUCACACCAUGGAGAGGCAAGCAGAUGAUGAUAAUGUGGAUCCUUUCUGGCCAGCGUUACACUGUUUCAUGGUGAUUCUGGAUCGCCUUGGAUCUAAGGUCUGGGGCCAACGUAUCGAUCCUAUUGAGGCAUUUCAAACCAUUAUCAACAAUGGGAGCUACAAUAAGGAGAUCCAGAAUAUACGGAACAGCUCCGUAAGGACCAAGUUAGAACCAGAGUCCUAUUUGGAUGAUAUGGUGACUUGCAGCCAGAUUGUAUACAAUUAUAAUCCCGAAAAGACCAAAAAGGAUUCAGGGUGGAGAUCAGCCAUUUGCCCAGAUUAUUGUCCUAAUAUGUAUGAAGAGAUGGAAACAUUAGCCAGUGUGCUUCAGUCAGAUAUUGGUCAAGACAUGCGUGUUCAUAACAGCACAUUUCUGUGGUUCAUCCCUUUUGUUCAGUCCCUCAUGGAUCUGAAGGAUUUGGGCGUGGCUUACAUCGUAGAGGUUAUUCAUCACCUGCACUCCGAAGUCAAAGAUGUCCUAAACCAAACGGAUGCCAUGUGUGACAAAGUUACCGAAUUUUUUCUUCUGAUUUUGGUGUCCGUGAUUGAGCUGCAUAGAAAUAAAAAAUGUCUGCAUUUGCUGUGGGUUAGUUCCCAGCAAUGGGUAGAAGCCAUUGUAAAAUGUGCCAAGCUUCCUACCACUGCAUUUGCACGGAGUUCUGAGAAGUCAUCUGGAAAUUGCUCCAAAGGAACAGCAAUGAUAUCCUCUCUGUCAUUGCAUUCAAUGCCAUCGAAUUCUGUACAGCUGGCUUGUGUGCAGCUGAUUAGAAGUCUCCUUAAAGAAGGUUAUCAGCUUGGGCAGCAGACUCUGUGUAAGCGAUUCUGGGAUAAGCUCAACUUAUUUCUGCGUGGAAAUUUAUCUCUAGGUUGGCAGUUGACUACUCAGGAAACCCAUGAGUUACAAACUUGUUUAAAGCAAAUUAUUAGAAACAUAAAAGUCAAAGUACCUCAAUGUAGCACUUUUGUGGAUUUGAGUCCUGCAUGUAAAAGCUCUCCUGCAUCUUACAGUAAAGAAGAAAGUGAACAAAUAGAGAGGAAGUCUAAUAAAGACCUGCACUGUCUGGAAAACUCCAGCCCAACAUUUUCUAAAGAACCAAUGAAAGCCGAGACAUAUCAAAUGCAGGAGAAUAUAUUGAUCAAAGCAAGUAACACUAUAGAAGAGGAUAAUGAGCAAAAUUAUAUAAAAGAUUGGAAACUCGAAGAUCAUUUCUCAGCCAAGUCAUGCAUGAAGAAGAGUAGUAAAAACCUUUUCACUGAAAGAGCUCAAGACCAAGGUAAAGUAAGUACAGGAAAGCAGAAGUCUGUGAAAGGGCAUUGUACUUCAAGAACUGCACUGCAGAAUUGUACUUCCAGGAAUGGUCCAGAAAGGGGAUGUGACAGAGGAAUCAUAAUGUCAACACGUUUGUCGACCGAUUCUAGCACUGAUGCUCUGGAGAAGGCAUCCACAUCAAACGAGGAUUUCUCUCUCAAGGAUGAUGCACUUGGCAAAACGUCAAAAUCAAAAACUAAGGCACGUAAAGAUGAAAUCUGUGCUAAGUUAUCACAUGUAAUAAAGAAGCAACACAGGAAAAGUACUUUGAUCAAUAAUACUGGUAAUUUAGAUGAAAACCUGACUGUGUCUAACAUUGACAGCUUCUAUUCAAGGGAAGAUUCAGGAGGUCAGAAAGAGGAUGGCUCCAUGCACAGUCUCUCCUUAGACCCUAGUGGCAUUCUGGAUGAUAAAAAUGGGGAACAAAAAUCUCAAAACAGUUUAUUGCUGAAAAAGAAACAACUGAAGAGUGAAGAGUUAGAUAUUUUCUCUUCCCAUGAAAACAGCUAUCAAAUACAGGAAUGUCACAUUGAUGAUAAAGAUUUGGUCUCGUUUACAGAAGUGACCAAUACUUUUGUGAAGAAAACUUCUCCCUUCAAAGAUCCUGUGACUCUUCUUGAAUCAAGAGAUAAGGAAAUCAGCAAGAAUACUAAUCAGAUGUCUUCUCACUUGAGAGAACAGGCUCCUGGCCUCAGUCCUCAGUCUGACACCUUAACAGAUUCUCAGAUAGACAGAGAUCUCCACAAAUUAUCUUUAAUAGCUCAAGCCAGCGUUAUUAAGUUCCCAUCAGAUUCAACUCAAAAAAGCUCAACCCACCUACAAAGAAGAGUGAAAGACGACAGAAGAUGUUUCCUGGCUGACCAGAAUAAUACUGGGGAAGCCUCCUGGGGCCAGAUUAUUAUUAUUUCAGAUUCUGAUGAGGAGGAUGAUGAUGAUGAAGGAAUUCUGGGUUUUGAGAAGCAUAUUAAACAAGAUAAAAUAGGCAUCAGGAAAGAAUGUCCAGAGCAGCAUACUUCAAUAGCUAAUACGAAUGUGGAAAAGAAGCUAAUAAAGGAAGAGGAGACAAAGUCCCUUUUGCAGUUUGAAGAAUCGGAUUCUCAGUUUUUUGAGUUUGAAAGUCCAUGUGAAGUGUUUUCAGUUUGGCAAGAUCAGGAACCAGAGAAGAAUUCAGUUCAAGAGAACAGAAAAAAUUCUUGUUCAGCUGACGAUAUCACGAAUGACUGGGGUUAUGAGACAGAUUAUGUAUCUGAAGAGGUUAUUAAGAAGGUAGCAGAGGGCAUUGAAAAACACACAGAACCACAGAGUACUAUUUCUGUUGGGGAAUUUUGUGAAAUUGAAGUAAAAAAACGUAAGAGAAAACGACUUGAAAAACCGGUGGCCAAAGAUCCUCCAAAGCCUUCACCUUCUGAUAGAAAUGAGGACCGGUCUGAUAUUCUUAAUGAGAGAGGUCUGAAUGAAAAUGAUUUUAAAAGUAUGGACCUGAGGACAGCAAGUCCCAGUUCAAGUGUUCAGAGAGACAAAGACACUACGGUUUCACUAAAGAAGUCUCCUCCAAAGCUUCGUACUUACUCCAAACCCAUUAGGAGAGUCCCACUUUCUAAAACUCCUAAGAAAACACAUUCAGAUACCAAGAAAGGGCAGAAUAAAGGUUCAAAUUACAUAAGUUGUAGGACAACUCCUGCUGUAGUUCCACCAAAGAAAUUUCGCCAGUGCCCUGAACCAACUUCAACGGUUGAGAAACUUGGCCUGAAGAAGGCUCCUCGGAGGGCAUUUGAGUUGUCUCAGCGAUCUCUUGAGUAUUUAGUUCAGUUACGCGACCAUGGCAAAACUGUUGGAGUGGUUGAUACUAGAAAAAAGACUAAGUUAAUUUCUCCUCAGACUCUGUCUGUCAAAAACAAUAAGAAACUGCUGACAAGUCAAGAUCUUCAGAUGCGAAGGCAGACGAGACCCAAAUCACAACAAAAUAGACAAGGACUUUUGGAUUACGAAAGUAAAGAUGCUACAAGAGCAGGGCCGUGUCCAGCACAGAAUUCUGACAUACUUGUCCCAGAAUCAGAUGGUUCAGAUGAUAGUUACAAAGGAGGAACUGAGGUGAUUGCUAACAACACUGGCAAACCGUUAAUAAAAUCUGUGUCUUUGGAAUCAGAACCCGUGAAAACAAAAUACGUCUCUCAGGUGACUGAUGAUACUUGUCUUUUGAACCAGUGUGCUGCUGUUGUGUUAAAUGGAAGAAUACCAACAAAUGAAAUCAUUGUCUCUGCUUCAGCGGACCCCUUAGGUGGAGGUGACCCAACAGUACAUCAUUUAGAGUUGGCGACGUUGAAAGACGGAGAGCCUGAAUCCAACAGCGAUUCAGAAGAUGAGAAUAUAUUUCUAACACAGCUCGAUCCUGAAGAUAUGGAUUUAUGUUCACAGAUGGAGAGUGGUAAUGAGAAACUCAUCGAAGUAGUUCAUGGCAAGGAUACAGCUCAGGUAGAAGAUUCUGUCAGUCGGCCGCAGUCGGAAUCUUGGAGUAGCACAAAAUGUAAGUACAAAGAUUGUAUUGAAACCCCGAAAAACCAGGGCGAGUACUGCUCAAAACACUGUGAAGCUACAGCAGCGGAUGAGGAUGUCUUCCGUAAACCUGGCUUGCCUCUUGCUGCGUCCAAGCCUUCAAGACCUUCCACUGCUAAGAUCUUUAGCUCAAGUAGUACUUCACGAAUUGCUAAUCUUUCCAAGUCUUUGGAAAGUACCUCUGCGCUUCCACCAGCUCUAAAAAAUAAGUCAAAUGGGGCACAGGCUGUUUUGAAAGUCCCACAGCCAGCCUCCCUGUUGUCUCCAAAGUCAGUGGGUGAAGUGAAGAGUUUGUGCAAUGUUCUUCGUCCUCAGACUCCAAAUAAUUCCAACAGGCAAGGUUACAAACUGACGUUUGGUGAGAGCAAAUCCUUCUCAGCUUCCUCUCCAGUCAACAUUCUCUUGUCCUCGCAGUCCAUCUCUGACACCUUUGUCAAAGAGGUCUUAAAAUGGAAAUAUGAAAUGUUUUUGAACUUUGAUCAGUGCGGGCCCCCAGCAAGCCUUUGUCAGUCCAUAUCAAGACCUGUGCCUGUCAGAUUUCAAGAUUGUGGAGAUUAUUUUAAUGUUUUUUUCCCUUUGAUGGUAUUGAAUACUUUUGAAACAGUGGCACAGGAGUGGAUCAGCUCUCCAAACAAAGAGAAAUUCUAUCAGUUGCAUUUACGAAAAUUUCCUGGUGAUUAUAAAAAAUACUGGGAGUUUGUGGUUCAUCUUGAGGAAUGUGAACUAGCCAAACAGUUUCAUCCAAAGGAAAAUGAUUUGGUGUUUUUGGUUCCUGAAAGACAAAAUGGAGAGAAGAAAGAUACCGAGAGAAAUCACAUGCAAGACCUCCGUGAAUACCAUUGCGGUUAUAUUCAUAAGUUUCGCCGCACUUCAGUCAUGCGCAAUGGGAAAUCUGAGUGUUCCCUUUCCAUCCAGACUCAAGAUAAUUUGCCAGUCAAUUUAAAUGAACUCGUGAAAUGCAUCGUAAUCAGUUCUCUGGUAACUACACAGAGGAAGUUGAAAGCCAUGUCUUUGUUAAGUGGACGGAACCAACUGGCCAGAGCUGUUCUGAAUCCAAACCCCAUGGACUUCUGUACAAAAGAUUUACUAACUACAACGUCUGAGAGAAUUAUCGCCUACUUAAGAGAUUUCAAUGAAGACCAAAAGAAAGCGAUAGAAACUGCAUAUGCCAUGGUCAAACACUCCCCGUCAGUUGCCAAGAUCUGUCUGAUUCAUGGACCACCUGGAACAGGAAAAUCAAAAACUAUUGUUGGGCUUCUGUACCGCCUGCUGACAGAGAACCAGAGGAAGGGGCAUUCAGAUGAAAACUCCAAUGCCAAAAUCAAACAAAACCGUGUCCUUGUGUGCGCACCUUCCAACGCGGCUGUUGAUGAACUUAUGAAAAAAAUCAUCCUCGAAUUUAAAGAAAAAUGUAAAGACAAGAAGAAUCCUUUGGGAAACUGUGGAGAUAUAAAUUUAGUACGGCUGGGUCCAGAAAAGUCUAUUAAUAAUGAGGUCCUAAAAUUCAGUUUGGACAGCCAAGUUAACCACAGAAUGAAAAAAGACCUACCUUCUCAUGUUCAGGAGAUGCACAGAAGAAAGGAAUUUCUAGAUCAUCAACUCGAUGAACUUUCCCGCCAGCGUGCUUUAUGCCGAGGUGGAAGGGAGAUACAGAGGCAAGAAUUAGAUGAAAAAAUUGCAAAGGUUUCAAAAGAGAGGCAGGAACUAGCUUCUAAAAUUAAAGAGGUUCAAGGACGCCCACAAAAAACACAGAGCAUCAUCAUCUUAGAGUCCCAUGUCAUCUGCUGCACGUUGAGCACGAGUGGUGGUUUACUGCUUGAGUCUGCUUUUCGUGGACAAGGGGGCGUCCCCUUCAGUUGUGUCAUUGUUGAUGAGGCCGGGCAGUCUUGUGAGGUUGAGACUCUUACUCCACUCAUCCAUCGUUGUAACAAGCUCAUCCUCGUCGGAGAUCCUAAACAGCUCCCUCCCACGGUCAUUUCUAUGAAAGCACAGGAGUAUGGCUAUGACCAGUCCAUGAUGGCGCGUUUCUACAAGCUGUUGGAAGACAACGUGGAGCACAAUAUGAUCGGCAGGCUGCCCAUUUUACAGCUUACUGUUCAGUACAGGAUGCACCCGGACAUAUGUCUCUUCCCCUCUAAUUAUGUUUAUAACAGAAGCUUGAAAACAAAUAGACAGACUGAAACCAAUCGGUGUUCAUCAGACUGGCCAUUUCAACCUUACCUGGUGUUUGAUGUCGGAGACGGUUCAGAAAGACGGGAUAAUGACUCAUAUGUAAAUGUUCAAGAAAUAAAACUGGUAAUGGAAAUAAUUAAACUUAUUAAAGACAAAAGAAGGGAUGUUACUUUCCGGAACAUUGGCAUAAUAACCCAUUACAAGGCUCAGAAGAUGAUGAUUCAGAAGGAUUUGGACAAAGAAUUUGAUAGAAAAGGGCCAGCAGAAGUAGAUACCGUGGAUGGGUUCCAGGGCCGGCAGAAGGAUUGCGUCAUUGUUACGUGCGUCAGAGCAAAUACCAUGCAGGGCUCAAUUGGAUUUCUGGCAAGUUUGCAGAGACUGAACGUCACCAUCACACGAGCCAAAUACAGCCUCUUCAUCCUCGGACAUUUAAGGACCCUCAUGGAAAAUCAGCACUGGAACCAACUGAUUCAGGACGCGCAGAAGCGGGGUGCCAUCAUCAAGACGUGCGACAGAAACUACAGGCACGACGCAGCCAAGAUUCUGAAGCUCAAGCCCGUGCUGCAGAGAAGUCUGACUCACCCUCCCGCCGCGGCCCCGGAGGCGUCCAGACCCCAGGGCGGCUUGCCCGGCAACAAGCUCGACAGCGAAUUUGCCAAGACAUCUUUCACUUCUUCCCUGUAUCACACACCCUCUGACUCCAGGGAAUCUACUGGGACUGUCACGACGAAGGAUCCGGAAAGGCCUCUCAUUCAGGACUGGCUUCGGGACCCACGACUGCUCAGGAGGAUGGGCCUGGACCCCGAAGCCAAAGGGACGUGCCUGAGGGAUCCGCAGCCCUUGAGCCCCCAGCAGCCCGGAGCGACGCCUCCCUCGGGAGAGCCGGGCUUCCCUGGGAGCCACCAGGAUCCAGCUGGCUUGCAGCAGUCCGCUGCCAGAGGGGCCUCUCCGAACAACCACAGACCUCACGUGCAGUGCGAGCCUCCGGCUGCUGGGCCUGAUGUCUCCACAAGUAGGAGAAGGUGCGACUGGGAAGGAGGGCUCAGCCACAGAAGAGAGGGCCGGGCUUUCAGUGAGGGGGACAAGGAGACGUGGAGCCCCGAGAGCCACCACUCGAAGAGGAACCCUGGCUGGGACAAGAGGGGGCUGGAGGAGGAGGACAGCGGUUCCAAGAAAAGAAGGCUUUUAUAUCUCCUUCUCUGUUUCAAGGAAAAUCAGCACUGGAACCAACUGAUUCAGGACGCGCAGAAGCGGGGUGCCAUCAUCAAGACGUGCGACAGAAACUACAGGCACGACGCAGCCAAGAUUCUGAAGCUCAAGCCCGUGCUGCAGAGAAGUCUGACUCACCCUCCCGCCGCGGCCCCGGAGGCGUCCAGACCCCAGGGCGGCUUGCCCGGCAACAAGCUCGACAGCGAAUUUGCCAAGACAUCUUUCACUUCUUCCCUGUAUCACACACCCUCUGACUCCAGGGAAUCUACUGGGACUGUCACGACGAAGGAUCCGGAAAGGCCUCUCAUUCAGGACUGGCUUCGGGACCCACGACUGCUCAGGAGGAUGGGCCUGGACCCCGAAGCCAAAGGGACGUGCCUGAGGGAUCCGCAGCCCUUGAGCCCCCAGCAGCCCGGAGCGACGCCUCCCUCGGGAGAGCCGGGCUUCCCUGGGAGCCACCAGGAUCCAGCUGGCUUGCAGCAGUCCGCUGCCAGAGGGGCCUCUCCGAACAACCACAGACCUCACGUGCAGUGCGAGCCUCCGGCUGCUGGGCCUGAUGUCUCCACAAGUAGGAGAAGGUGCGACUGGGAAGGAGGGCUCAGCCACAGAAGAGAGGGCCGGGCUUUCAGUGAGGGGGACAAGGAGACGUGGAGCCCCGAGAGCCACCACUCGAAGAGGAACCCUGGCUGGGACAAGAGGGGGCUGGAGGAGGAGGACAGCGGUUCCAAGAAAAGAAGGCUUUUAUAGUAAAGCCACGUGGCACAGACUGUCAGCCACAGCAUUGUUGCAAACUUAAGAUGACCAGCUAAUGGGACGGUCCAGAUAAGAUAAUUUUUUUUCCUUAAAGGAGUUUGUGUGCUGUUGGAAAACAUGGAAAAUGUAUCCUAACACCUGAGCUUUUUGGUCACCUUCCAUAGUUUUUGUCAGUUGCAAAAGCUUUCGAGGGCUUUUGUGUGUCUGUAAUGUUGUCCUUGUUCGGAGACUCAGAGCUGAUCUCCUGUCCUCAGAUACGGGGUCUGACCGGGGCGGGUGUUGUGGAAGUUGGAAUGUAUAUUUGUAUAGCAAAUAACAAAGUCAUUUUAAAAUUUACUCUAGUAGACCGCUUUUCUUUCCCUGCUUCAAAUGUUAGUCAUUUUCAACGGAACAAACUUUAUAUUAAAAAAAAAAAGAGAAAAGGCGGGAAGAGGACGGCAGGCCCUUUCAAACGUCGUUCCAGCCAGACAGACCUGUUCAGCAGCCCGGGGAAUUCUGGAAGAGGCAGAGUUCAUGCGGGUGGGUCAGACAGCUCUAGUUCUAUGUAAGAAAACAAGUGGAGUCUUGUGGGGGAAGCUUUGGGAAGCCAAGUCCUGUUAGGUAAAGUUCUGCUGACGUUGCACGCUUUCAGAUGGGGCUCCUCGGCACAGGGUAGCACACUGCUCUGAUGAGUCCAGCCUCCUGUUUCGGGAAGCACAUCGUUUUCUAGCUUAAAGUCCUGUUCCCCUUGAAAUAGACGAAACAAAAGAAUAAUUCUUGACCUACCAUUCAGAUGCCCCCACCAUAUUGUGAGUGUCCCAUAACUGGUGGGUGACAGGUCCCGUGGGGCUGGAGCAGCGUGGGGACCCCUGGAAGAGCCACUGGCCCCUGUGUGUGAAAGCCAGCGGGUCUCCAGGAGAACCCAACCAGGUCAUUCUCAGGGAGCCUGGGGAGCUGCAUGUUAGACGUCUCCCCAGGGGACUCGGGUCACAGACCCAGCAGCUUGGGAUCCAGGAGGGCCGGCCAGGUAGGAUACUGUAGGCGGGAAAGAAACACCCUUUCAAAAGAGAAGACUGAAGGGAAGUGCAGACAUUGGAAGUUGAGAGCCAGGAAGAAAGUUGACAGGUUUCCUGUGAUCUUUGGAGACUGUGUUAACUGAAAAGACGCCACUGUUGUAGGCUCGUCUGGGUAGAGGGGGUUGUGCUGGGGUUCAGGGUGCCGUGGGAGAGGACGUUUGAGUACCUGCAUGGGGGGGCUUUCUCGUGGCAAAGUCCAGUUUUCCAAACUUACAGACGUGAGAAUAUACAGUAGUGACAGUUGGCACUUGUCAGAACUAGUGGUUUCUAAGAAUGCCAUGCAGCCCGUUGGCUAAUUUGGGGAGGGGAGUGGACCCCUGACGAUUAAUGUGCACCGUUUGAAAUUUUGCCAUCUGCUUUUUAAGCAAAGAGGCUUUGUGUCAGAAAUUCUGCUGAAGCCGGUUAUUAAAAGCUUUAAAUGUUUGAUUG